UUGUUCCACUGUUGCAAAUUUGAACAAGUUUGAAUUCGUGGAAAUAACGUACUGCUCCAUUAUUGCGUAUGGUUAUUAGUUUUUUCUUAGUUAAUUAUAUUUCUUCCACUCCACGGUAUGAAUGAUAUCGAUAACAAAUUAAUUAAUCAUGAAAGAGGAACAGAUGUUCGUAAAUCAGCAGAAGAAAUGGACGAGCAACGUCAAAAGACUCUUGCAUACGAAUACCUCUGUCACUUAGAAGAAGCUAAGAAAUGGAUGGAAGCAUGCCUCAGAGAAACUCUUCCACCUACCACUGAAUUGGAAGAGAAUUUACGAAAUGGAGUAUAUUUGGCGAAACUUGCUCAUUUUAUGGCACCUGAGACUCUACCCCUCAAUAAAAUUUAUGAUCCUGAGCAGAAGCGGUAUGCAAUAGCUGGACUGCAAUUUCGUCAUACAGACAAUAUCAAUCAUUUUUUGAAAUCCAUAAAGUCUAUGCAAUUACCAUUAACCUUUCAACCAGAGACAACAGAUAUCUAUGAUAAAAAAAAUAUGCCUCGAGUGAUAUACUGUAUCCAUGCACUUAGUACUCAUUUAUUUAAACUAGGAAAGGCUCCACAGAUUCAGGACUUAUAUGGAAAAGUGAACUUUACCGAUGAGGAAAUUAAUGCUGUAAGUAAAGAAUUGAAAAAAUAUGGAAUUCAGAUGCCUUCAUUUCAAAAAAUUGGAGGUUUAUUGGCAAAUAGCAUGGAGAUAGAUACAGCAACGCUUCAUGCUGCUGUUAUAGCUAUUAAUCAAGCCAUUGCAGAAAAAGAUCAUGGGAAAAUACUAGCAGCACUUCAAAAUAAAGUUGUACAGUUAAAUAAUGUUGUGCCUUGCUAUGUGAAAGAGUACAGUGAGGUUCUAAUAGAAGCAAAAAAUUCUAAAGCACAGGCAGCGCUUAAUAGAUCUUUGAAUGACAGCUAUGUACCAGACGUAUACGACGAAUUAUUAACUCAAGCAGAAAUUCAGGGACAUAUUAAUUGCGUUAAUGUUCAAUGUGCAGUGGACAAAUUAACUCGAUCCGUUCAUCAUAAAAAUAAUCAAUUUAUGGAUACACUUAAAUCAUCUACUUUAUGCUUACAAAACGUCAUACCUGAAAAUGCAGAAUUGUAUAAAGAACAAUUAAUGCAACUACAACAAAGUUCAGAAUGGAAUAAUAUGUAUUCAGAAAGUAAUUAUCAUUGGAAACAGCUGCUUCAGAAAGGAAUUGAUGAAGCAAAUGAGAUCGCGCUUAAACAUCGAGAACGUGAUGAAAGCGUUAAGCUCUUAAAUUUAACAUUACAAACUGGUGUACAGAGUGAAUUUUAUGAUGCUCUGAGAAAUCCCAGUCUUGGAUUACUAGAUAGAAUCGACGAAUUUGCAAUGCCAUUGUAUUACGAAGAAAUGAAAGUCGAUCGUAUGGAAUCUCAGAACGACCUUUCGUACAGCGACAUAAUAGUCAGCAUACGUGUACUCUCAUUGAUCGCAGAAAUUAGCAAGGCUGUAGACACUGGAAAUCCAGAUUUGGUUUAUCAAGCACUGUCAAAUCCAAGUUGUCAUGUCUCUGGUUUGGAUCACGAGAAUAAGGUAAAAUAUUAUAGAGCAUUAGCGGGUGUUCGCUGUGAAAAACAAGUGAUUUCGGACGAGUGCCCUUUAUUAACGUACAUCGACAUCCAAGAAUGUAUCGAUGUUGUUAAUCAACAAUGUCAAAAUGACGAUGAUGUGAUACAAGUGUUGCGUCAAAUAAAUACAGCCGUUGUUAACAACGAUCGAAACGAACUUAUGACUGCUUUAAAAAAUACUGCGCUAAAACUACAAAAACCUACUUCACCGGACAAUGCGUCUCUCUAUUUAAAAUUAUUUAAAAAAUGCCUCGCGGAAAAACAUUUCGACGGUUCCGAGUUAUGGCUGGAAGACGUAGAAACAAUAACUAAAGUCGUUGCCGCGGAAGCUGAAACUGUUCAAAAUGCGUGCACGUUUUUGUCACAAGUAAAUUUAGGUUUACAGCGAAACGAUGUAUUAUUCACAAUUGAUUGUCUGCAAACGUUUGGUUUCAAAAUACCAGACAUGUACAAGAAUGAAUGUUUUCAGAGUUUAUGUAACUUGAGAACAAUCAAGAGUCAAAGACAUGAUUGCGCGCUUGUCCGUUUUAUUACUCCUAGAGGCAACGAAUCAUAUUUGGACUUGCAGAAGUAUAAUUAUACAUGGGAUUGUCCAAAAAAUAUGUCAGAAACAUAUUAUAUCAAUAUGGAAGAUAUAAAGAGAGUAGUAAGAAAUUCCACCGUAAAAGAACACGAGCAUAAACUAAAUAAACAAAUAAUUCGAUUGCAAGCAUGUAUUCGAGGAUAUUUAUUACGAAAAAGAAUCUCCGAUAGAUUGACGUACUUUUACGAAAAUGCAAAUAAAAUAAUUCAAAUACAGUCAUGGUGGCGCGGUAUAGUUCAGCGGAAACGAUAUCUGAAAUUAUUGGAGGAGAAACGGAGACGAGAUACAGAAAGAUACCACAAUAAAUAUUUAAAAGUUAAAGCCAAGUUCGCGGAUAUAUUGGAUCGUUACAGGGAUCACGAGGAACAGAUUAUAAAAAUACAAGCUUUGUGGCGUGGUCGCGCAGAGAGACGAGCCUUCCAUUCAUUGUUGUACAUGGAGAAACCACCUUUUCCCGUUGUUCGGCAUUUCGCAUCAAUUCUAAAUUUUAAUGCAGAAGAUUAUGACAGAGACUUGCAGCUACAAUAUCUGAAGCACGAAGUGGUACAAAGCAUACGACACAAUCAGUCUUUGUCGCAACAGUUGGAUAGUAUGGACAUAAAAAUCGGACUUCUUAUCCAAAAUAGAAUUACGUUACAAGAUGUCAUAGCACACGGACAAAAUUUAGAAACUCUCGCAAAGCAAAAACAUUCGAAUAGAGAACAAAAGAGUAUUUUAUCGGAUGGUAUUAUUUCACACAAAGGUUUAAAAUCAUUAACGAAAGAGGGACGGAAAAUGUUAGAAGGAUAUCAACAUUUAUUUUACGCGUUGCAAACUAAUCCAUUAUACUUGUCGAAGUUAUUGUUUCUUUUGCCUCAAAGUAAAACAAACAAGUUUCUUCAAAAUGUGAUUUUAACAUUAUUCAAUUUUGGGUCGAAUAUCAGGGAGGAAUAUUUACUAUUAAAAUUGUUUGGAAGUGCGCUACAAGAAGAAAUCAGGUCUAAGUUUCAAAAACCAUCUGAAGUUGUAACUGGAAAUCCCCUUGUCUUAAAAAUGGUGGUGAAUUAUGCGCGACAAUUGCACGGUCAGAGAGCUUUGAGGCAAAUUGUCGGAGAAAUCAUUGAGAAAAUUUUAGCCGAUCGAUCAUUAAGUAUAGAGACAAAUCCAGUUGAUAUUUAUAAGUGCUGGCGAAACCAGCUGGAAAUGGAGAUGGGAGAGACAUUGGAUCUUCCAUACACGGUAACGCAACAACAAGCUUUAAAUUACGAUCAAGUGCGAAUACGGCUAAACAGAGGAAUACAAUUGUUGCAAAGUACUGUUUUAGAAUUCUUAAAUAAAAUCACAGAAUCCCGGGAUUUAAUUCCGUACGGAAUGUUAUAUAUAGCUAAGAUAUUAAACGAUUCUUUAACCGAGAAAUUUCCAACUGCUCCAGAAAAAGAUAUACUGAAAGUAGUUGGAAAUUUAAUUUACUAUCACUUUAUCAACGCGGCUAUCGUAGCUCCAGAUGCCUUCGAUAUAAUCACAUUGCCGAUCGAUAGAUCGCUGUCAAAUGAUCAACGACGAAACUUGGCUAGCAUCGCGAAAAUAUUGCAAUUUGCCGCUUCUAAGAAAGGGUUUGGUGAAGAAGCAACGCAUUUGGUUUGUUUAAAUUCGUUCAUAAUCGAGUGUCACGAAAAGUUCAAACAUUUCUUCAGAUAUUGUUGCCAAGUAGAAGACUUAGAGGAGCACUUUUCUAUUCACGAGUACACCGAGGCCACUCUCAUUCAAAAGCCCGAGAUAUAUAUUUCGUUACAGGAAAUCUGUGAUACUCAUUGUCUUAUGCUGGAAUAUCAAGAUCAAAUAGCACCAGAUCCUAUGGACCCAUUGCACGAUCUACUAGACGAUCUAGGUCCUGCCCCAACUGUUCCAUCUUUACUCGGAAUCCCCGACAACACGUGCGAGUCGAAUUUAACGCGGUUCGGGAAAACGGAAGUGUGCCUGGUACUUACCAACAAGUUUCAAGUACCAGAUGACGAAGACGCUAAUUUAAAUAAACUUUUUAUAAAAACCAAGGAGUUAUUAGUCUCUGUACUUCAAUUCUUAAAGGGGCAAACAUUAGUAGAAGCAUUGGAAACUAUAUGCUCGCCUGUGCAAGAGAAACUGUACGAUGUACAGUGUUCUAGCAUAUCACCUACUUUGAACAUGAUUCACAAGAGUUCGUCCUUAAACGACUGCAAACUUCAACUGCGCGCGGACCUCAACAAACUAGAAUUAGGAGGAUGGGUCAGUCAAACG